GUUUCGCGAUCACCUCAUUAUCUAUAAAAUAGUGCUCUGUCAUUUUACGACGAAGUGUAACCCAUCAUUCCUUCCGCUAUCUGAUGGUGCAUCUAGGAGCCAGCUCUUUGACUUCUAAGAAGCUGUACCAGUAAGAUAACUAACCUAUUAAUCUACGGUCUCCUCUGGUUUCAUCUUAAUCAACUCCAUCCUCUUAUCCACCCGACUAGCUUACAAAAACUCUCGGCUGCUUUCUCCCGAUAUAGUAUUGACUCUCGAUUCAAGCAUGCAGAAUGACACUCCAGCUCAAAAAUUCCACAUAGGCGAAAAGCCUUCGGAUACUAAAGUCGCAACCGCUCCUGAUGCGCCGCAGACAGCUACUAAUUCAGAUAGCAAGGAAGUUGCCCAAGCACCUGCAUCGUUCAAUGAUAAAAUAUUUGCCCUGAUCAUUGGCAUCAGCGAAUAUUACUGUCCAAAGUAUCCAAAAUUACCAGGCGCUGCCCCAGACGCUGGGAAAAUCUAUGAGUUCGUCCGAGGCACCCUGCACGUCCCAGAGAAGAAUAUCAUUAACCUACGCAACGAGCAAGCCACAAGGGAGGCUAUCAUUCAAUCGUUCAGGCGCCUAGAGGAAAAUACAGAGAUCAUCCAAGGCGACGCAGCAAUUAUCAUAUAUUAUGCAGGACAUGGGGCCAUGGCUCUGAAACCGGUCGAAUGGAAGGAUUGGUAUACUCCCGACAACACAAUUGAGCUGUUGUGUCCCUUCGAUAUGAUGUCCCCAGAAUCGGACUCGCAUGAAGGGGAAGAUAAAGUCAAAGUAGAAGGAAUCCCUGACCGCACGAUCAGUAGCUUGCUCCUUGAUUUGUCGACUGCAAGGGGAAAUAAUAUUACGCUGGUACUCGAUUGUUGCCAUUCUGCGGGCAUUAAUCGUGGAGCGCCGCAUAGUAAUCCAAGCGCGAUACCGCGUCAAAUUCUUGACCCCCAAACAAUUUCCCCUGAAUGCGACUCCGACAUCUACGACUCUCGCACCCGUAAAUCUAAUGAAGCGCCGGACUGUUCAGGCUUUUCGGGUCUGCUUUGGGACUCGCAUAUCCUUUUGGCAGCAUGUAGUCGUCAUCAGUCUGCUUGGGAGAUUAACAGCGCUGGCGUUUUUACCGAAGAAUUGCUCCGGGUUAUGAGGAAAAGAUCCUUGGUUGAGCUGACAUACAGGUCUUUGAUGGAUAAUCUCAUUAUCCCGUCCUGGGCAAGCCAGACUCCUCACCAAGAAGGCAAUGUUGUUCGACACCUUUUUGACCCCUCAGGAAAUACCGGUGAUGCCUCAAUGAUCGCCUGCCGUCGAGAAGUAACAGAUGGCCGACUACGUUUAUCAUUAGGAGCCGGUGACGUUUUGGGCAUCACUCCUGGUUCCAAAUACCAGAUCUGUUCCACGGAUUUACUUGGCGCGCCUUCGCUCGGGAUUGCGGUCGUGGAGGCAGUGACGUCAGAGUCCUCCUCGUUCCUCACUCCUUCAGACCCCCAAUUCUUCACCAAUAACAAAGAUUUUCGCGUCGGGUAUGCGCGAUUGGCGAACGCCGUUCGUCCCAACUUGCUCGCGUACGGUCAAGACCUACGUUUCCUGGAAGCAGUACUCGGCGGUGACAACCAGGCACCGUUCGACAUUCCUGUCAUCAUCACAUCCAAGGAGAACGAGGCGGAUCUUUGCAUCCUAGUGGAAAGAGACAGUGUUUCCUUCCGCAGAGGGCAAGCAAAUAGCUAUUACAGAAAAGACGGACGAUCCUUUCAUCUAAUGAAAGGAAAUAGCCUAUUCACCUUGAUGGAGCCGCGCCUUACUCCGGGCCAUACAUCCGAGAUAGGCAAGGAUGUCGCACAAGUCCGACAAAUCAUCACUCUCUACGCGAAUUUCACCUAUCAUAUCACCAACAAAAGUAGACAUCCCAUAACCAGGUUUGCCUCGAUCCAAAUGCAUGAACUUCAACAUAACGGGCCCAAUCUAAACAAGUUCGGUGAAAAUCUAAUACCUGACCUUGACAAGAAACUUGUCAAGGUCCCCGUAGACAUGUCUCUACCAAAUUGCAAUCCCUAUUAUGGGUUUACGAUCAAAAACUUAUACGGUAUCAAUCUCUAUGCAUAUCUAUUUUAUUUCGACCCCUCCACCCUCGAUAUAGAAUGUUGGUACAAUCCCCAGAUGGGCACCGUGACGAACAACAGGGGGGUGCCAGUUGAUACAUGCCUUCCUCCGCAUUCAGAGCUUACUCUUGGCUUUGGAAACAACUUCAUGGACCCUGCUCAGUUCAAUGUCCCUGAGGGCCGAGAUAUCGAUAUCUGCUGCUUCAAAUUCUAUGUUGCCGUGAAGCCAUUAAAUCUUGGGAGUAUUGAACAAUCGUAUAAUAUGUCUCGCGGCGCUACGCGACAGCCUCAGCAUCUGGACCUCCGUCCGGAUGACUCCUGGGCUUCGGUAGUUAUCCCUAUUCUACAGGAAAGGUGUCGAAAUGAGUCCGAUAACUAGGCUUCUUCAGUAGAUCAGAUGGUUCUAGUGGCUAGACUUGUCCACUCUAUGCAGGAGGCCUUCCAAGAAAUAUCUUCAAUUUGUCAGUUUUAUUAUUAUUUUUUCAAAUUCGCGGAACAAGAACAGCGAAUAGGUUACAUUUAUGAUACACGGAGGGCUUAAG